AUGUCGUCGUUCAAGCUCCCCUUCACGCCGAUCGAGUCUCGCGCGCGCACGCACGCCCUGCUCUCCUCGAUCGGCUUCCUCAUCCUCCUCCCGCUCGGCGUCCUCCUCGCCCGCUACGCCCGCACCUUCACCUCCCGCUGGUGGUGGGCACACGGCCUCAUCCAAUUCGUCGUCUCCGGGCCCGUCAUCCUCGCCGGCUGGGCGUACGGCUACCAGACCACCCAGCGUCUGUUCACCGGCGGCAACUGGGUCGACACUCACAAGAAAAUCGGCCUCGCCCUCCUCGUCCUCUACCUCUUCCAGGUCUUCUUCGGCCUCUUCGUCCACUUCCUCAAGUUCCCCCGCUUCGCGCGCACCCCGCUCCACCGCCCGCCGCAGAACUACCUCCACGCCAUCCUCGGCCUCGCCAUCCUCGCCCUCGCGGCGUACCAGGUCCACUACGGGCUCUACACCGAGUGGCCGCGCUCCACCGGCGGGCUCCACGCCGUCACGCAGGAGGCCAAGCACGCCUGGCUCGCGCUCAUCAUCGUGCGUCUCCAUCCUCCUCCCCCUCACCUACGCGUGCCUGACGAUCAGUUUCUCGCCACCUAG